UUUCCGUAGGGUAGAAUAGCAUGUUGACGACCGUCUUUGGCGCUCUCUGUCUUUAUCGAGUUGGAUUUGGUCUGACAUCAAGUCUCAACUUGCCAAGCCACGCUCCUCCGUUGGUGAUCCCAAUUCGUCCCACCCGCCUGCCCACUGGACCUAUCUAGGUACCCACUUGCCCACAGCUACUUGCUCUGACUGUUGGUGGCUUGUCUUGGACCGUCAACUGUCAUCCCAUCCUGUGUAUCCAUCCCCGUGUGCCCGUGUGCCCGUGUGCCCGUGUCCCUCGUCUAUUUUCCCCCUGGGUAUAUAAAGAUUGGCCGUAACUGAGGCCGCACCCAGUUCGAUUGACGACGUGUGCACCAUGGUCAAGGACGGCAAGAACCGCAUGUUCGUACUCAAGCGGGAUGGACGCGAGGAGCCCGUACAUUUCGAUAAGAUCACCUCGAGGAUUGAGAAGCUCUGCUAUCGCUUGGACAUGGAUUUUAUCGACCCGCCCGCCAUCACCAUCAAGGUGAUCAAUGGCCUCUAUCCGGGUGUGACCACCGUGGAGCUGGAUAAUCUAGCCGCCGAAACGGCGGCCACCAUGACGACCAAACACCCGGAUUAUGCCAUUUUGGCCGCCCGCAUUGUGGUAGCCAAUCUCCACAAGGAGACCAAAAAGGUAUUCUCCGAGGUUGUCAAGGACUUGUACGAGAUGAAGACCCACGGCCGACCCACGCCCAUGAUCUCGCAGACCCACUACGAGAUCAUUCAACGCAAUGCUGAACGCUUAAACUCUGCCAUCGUGUACGACCGAGACUUUGACUACCAAUAUUUUGGCUUCAAGACCCUGGAGCGGUCUUACUUACUCAAGAUUGACGGCAAAGUGGUGGAGCGGCCACAGCAGAUGCUCAUGCGUGUGGCGGUCGGGAUUCAUGGGGAGGAUGUUGACUCGGCCAUCGAGACCUACGACAUGAUGUCCCAGAAGUUGUUUACACACGCUUCGCCCACCCUGUUCAAUGCGGCUACCCCGAGGCCUCAAUUGUCCAGUUGCUUUUUGUUAACCAUGAGCGGCGAUUCGAUUGAAGGCAUUUAUGAUACCUUGAAGCAAACUGCUUUGAUCUCGAAAUCCGCCGGAGGAAUCGGAUUGAACGUCCAUUGUAUCCGUGCCAAAGGAAGUUACAUUGCGGGCACUAACGGCCAAUCCAACGGACUCGUGCCCAUGCUUCGAGUGUACAACAAUACAGCCCGAUAUGUGGAUCAGGGAGGAAAUAAGCGCCCUGGAGCAUUUGCUAUCUACUUGGAGCCAUGGCAUGCGGACAUCUUUGAGUUCCUGGACUUGAAAAAGAAUCAUGGAAGUGAAGAGCAGCGCGCCCGUGAUCUUUUUUAUGCCAUGUGGAUUCCGGACUUGUUCAUGAAGCGCGUCGAGCAAGACGGUCAGUGGAGUCUCAUGUGCCCUCAUGAAUGCCCCGGACUGGCCGAUUGUUGGGGCGAGGAGUUCGAGGAAUUGUACACCAAGUACGAGAAGGAGAAAAAAUAUCACCAGCAAAUUCCGGCCCAGAAGCUCUGGUACGCCAUUAUCGAAUCUCAGAUUGAGACUGGAACACCUUAUAUGCUUUACAAGGAUGCUUGCAACCGUAAAUCCAACCAACAGAACUUGGGCACCAUCAAAUGCUCGAAUCUGUGCACGGAAAUCGUGGAGUAUAGUUCGCCGGAUGAGAUCGCUGUCUGCAACUUAGCCUCCAUUGCGGUGAACCAGUUCGUAAAGAAUGAUAAAUCGUACGAUUUUGUCAAGCUCAAAGAGAUCUCCAAGAUCGUGACCAAGAAUUUGAACAAAAUCAUCGACGUCAACUUCUAUCCGGUACCAGAGGCUCGAAAGUCGAACAUGCGCCAUCGGCCGAUUGGGAUUGGAAUCCAAGGUUUGGCUGAUGCCUUCAUCCUUAUGCGCUUUCCAUUUGAAAGCCCUGAAGCCAAGUUGUUGAACAAACAGAUCUUUGAAACCAUCUAUAACGGAGCCGUCGAGGCUUCAUGCGAGUUGGCCGAAAAGCUCGGGCCAUACGAAACCUACCCCGGUUGUCCCAUGAGUAAGGGCAUCUUCCAAUAUGACAUGUGGGGUGUUACGCCCACCGAUCUCCAUGAUUGGGCUCCUCUCAAAGCGAAGGUGGCCAAACAUGGUGUGAGAAACUCACUACUACUCGCACCCAUGCCCACGGCCUCUACAGCCCAAAUUUUGGGCAAUAACGAGGGUAUUGAGGCCUACACGUCGAAUAUCUAUUCUCGUCGAGUGCUCUCGGGGGAGUUUCAGGUGGUCAACCAACACCUGCUACGAGAUCUGACGGAAAGAGACUUGUGGGACGAUGACAUGAAGCAAGAGCUGAUUGCUAGCAACGGGUCCAUCCAGAACAUUGCCGAGAUCCCGGAUGAGAUCAAGGCUCUGUACAAGACCGUGUGGGAGAUUUCUCAGAAGACCAUUCUGGAAAUGGCCGCUGAUCGCGGGGCGUUCAUCGAUCAAUCUCAGUCGUUGAAUGUUCAUAUUGCCGAGCCCAAUUAUGGCAAGCUCUCCUCCAUGCAUUUCUACGGCUGGAAAUUGGGUCUCAAAACGGGCAUGUACUACUUGAGGACCAAGGCAGCUGCUCAAGCCAUCCAAUUCACAUUGGACAAGAGCAAGUUGAAAGAGACCAACAAAGAGGGAGUCAAGGAGGCGAAUGGUGCCAAUGGGGAUGUGAAGAAAUUGGAGAAAAAUAUGGCGGCCAUGGUGUGUUCCAUUCAGAAUAAAGACGACUGCAUCAGUUGCGGAUCCUAAAAAGGAAGCGCUCAGACGCGAGUUCCUGUAUUACAUGUUCUAAACCACAAUCUAUAGCUCAAUUUCUCUCUCUGAUCCUGCAUUCCGUUUGUAUCUGAACCGACUGUUAAGUAACUGAAUUUUGAAUAAAUUAUCAAUAGAUGA